AUGGCUUUUCUGCCUCUCCCUUAGCCGGCCAACUGGAAGGAGAUAGUGAACAAGAAGCUGAAGUUUCCCGAAGGCCUCCUCAGUGCCAUUCAGGAUGGCCAGCUGACGAAGAUCCAGCAGCUGCUGCAAGUGAGCGACGGGAUCCUGCGGCAGCUGGAUGAUGCUGAAGAUCGGGCCUGGCGGGAGGCUCUCAACCUGGCCAUCCGCACCGGCGGGGAGGAGAUCACCAGGACAUUGUUGCGCUUCGUGAAAUUUGAUUUCCGGCAGGUCCACGAGGCCCUGCUGGUGGCUGUGGACACCAACCAGCCCAAUGUGGUCAAGCAGCUACUGGAUAGGCUUGACCAAGAGAAGGGUCUCAAGAUGGACAUCAAAUCCUUCUCCAUGGCCUUCUUCGACAACUCGAUUGACAACUCCCGCUUUGCCCCCGGCGUGACUCCUCUCACCUUGGCUUGUGAGAAGGAUCUCUACGAAAUUGUGGACAUGCUGAUGAAGAAGGGCCACACCAUUUCCCGGCCACACAAGGUCUCCUGCGCCUGCUUGGAGUGCUCGAACGGACGGAAGUUCGACCUGCUCAAGUUCUCGCUUUCCCGCAUCAACACCUACAAGGGCAUCGCCAGCCGGGCCUACCUCUCCAUCGCCAGUGAGGAUCCCAUGCUGACAGCCUUCAAACUCAGCCGGGAGCUGAAGUGGCUGUCCAAGAAGGAGCCCGAGUUCAAGCCCGAUUACCUGGCGCUGGAGCAGCUGUGCCAGGAGUUUGCCUUUGAGCUCCUGGGCAUGUGUCGCAACCAGAGCGAGGUGACCGCCAUCCUGAACGAGCUGGGGGAUGAUGCUGUGGACGAGGAUGAUGAAGCCGUGGACGACCAGGCCUUCGAGGAGGGGAUCCCCAACUUGGCCAGGCUCCGUCUGGCAGUCAACUACAACCAGAAACGGUUUGUGGCUCACCCCAUCUGCCAGCAAGUCCUGUCGUCCAUCUGGUGUGGGAGCCUGCCCAGCUGGCGGGGCAGCAAAAGCCUCUGGAAGGUGUUCGUUUCCUGCUCCAUCUUCCUGGCCAUGCCCUUCUUGUGUCUGACCUACUGGUUUGCCCCCAAAUCCAAGAUUGGCAAAAUACUGAAGAUUCCUGUGAUAAAAUUCCUCCUGCAUUCAGCCUCCUACGUCUGGUUUCUGGUUUUCCUGCUGGUGGAGUCUCUGAUCCUGGAGCGCCAUCACGAGUCCUUUAUGGGGCGCAAUCAGAGCAUGUGGGAGACGUCCCUUCACAUGGUCUGGGUGGCAGGCUUCUUCUGGUUUGAGUGCAAGGAGGUUUGGAUCGAAGGGCUCCGCAGCUACCUCCUCGACUGGUGGAACUUCCUGGACAUCGUCAUCCUCAGCAUGUACCUGGCCUCCUUCGUGCUCAGGCUCCUGGUCUACCUCAAAGGCCGCGUCUUCUGCCUGGACGGCCAGGCCGCUUCUCCGGAGUGCUACUACUAUACCCAAGCCAAACGGCUGGAAUGGCGCACCGAAGACCCCCAGUUCAUGGCCGAGGUGCUCUUUGCUGUCACCAGCAUGCUGAGCUUCACCCGCCUGGCCUACAUCCUGCCUGCCCACGAGACCCUGGGGACACUCCAGAUUUCCAUUGGAAAGAUGAUUGAUGACAUGAUUCGGUUCAUGUUCAUCAUGAUGAUCAUCCUGACAGCUUUCCUGUGUGGCAUGAACAACAUCUAUGUCCAUUAUCAGGAAUCUGAGCGUCUGGGAAGUUUCAAUGAGACCUUCCAGUUCCUCUUCUGGACAAUGCUUGGGAUGGAGGAACACAACGUGGUUGACAUGCCCCAGUUCUACGUGGCUGAGUUGGUGGGCCGAGUGCUCUAUGGAGUCUUCACCAUUGUCAUGGUGGUCGUCCUUCUCAACAUGCUCAUUGCCAUGAUCACCAACUCUUUCCAGAAGAUUGAGAACGACGCUGAUGUGGAAUGGAAAUUUGCACGCUCAAAACUCUACCUGUCAUUCUUCAGGGAAGGUUUAACUCUGCCAGUUCCCUUCAACAUCAUUCCGACGCCCAAGUCCAUCUUUUACGCCAUCAGGGGUGUCUUUCGCUUCAUGUGCUGUUAUAAACCGAAGAAGCAUCAGAAAUAUCCCCCAAUUUCCACCAUUAGCAAUCCGUCGGUGGAAGAAGGCGGGGCGAGGACAGAAAGCCGUCUCUCCUAUCGGCGCCAGGUGCUCAAGGCGCUGGUGCAGCGCUACAUCGACACGGCCCGGCGGGAGUUUGAGGAGAGCCGGAGGAAAGACCUGGGGAACCGCCUGACUGAGUUAAACAAGUCGGUGCUGCGCCUUCACUCGGAGAUGAAGCACCUUCGCCACUCGGUGGCCACCAGUGGGGCAGCAGCCAACCCCAUGGAUGGGGCCAGCGUGCUGCGCAAGUACAUCAUGAAGGUGCGCAACAGCUUCCAGAGCUACGAUCCGGAGCCGGGGAGCUCCGGCCGGGGAUCCCCUGUGGAGGUGGUGGUGCACCAGGACGUGCCCCUCGUAGGGGAGGGCCGACUGCCCUUCCUUCAGGAAGAGGAGGGCGAGGCGGGGGGCAAGGCGGGGGGCGAGGCAGAGGGGGAGGUGGGGGGCGAGGCGGAGGGGGAAGCGGGGGGCGAGGCGGAGGGGGAGGCGGGGGGCGAGGCGGAGGCAGACGAGGAGGCUCAGCCAGGGAUUCCUGAGCAUGAACCUCAGGAGACACUGGAUGACGAGGCAGGCGAAGCGCCAGAAUCCUGA